CGGCCACCGACGACCCAACGUGACUGCAACGCCGUGCAGCUCAUGCAGGCACCUUGGGCAGUCGUUCUUUCCUGUCGCCGGAGCGGGUAGCUGCACUAGAAUCGCCCGCCAUGGACAGCAAUCCACGCGCCUCACCAACCCCGCCCACCAAGGCAGAGGCCAUGGCGUCGACCUCACGAGCAUCGCGCGGCAGCACCCCUACGGCGAGCCGCUCGGCGUCGCGGCUGGUCAGGGAGUCGAGCGCAGGCCGGCCGGCGCGGGCGGCGAGCAGCAACAGCCUCAAGCAGAAGACGGCGGCCAAGGGCGACGAGCCGCCGCGGCCGAGCAAAGCAGACGAGCAGCUGAAGUCGCUGAGAGGCGAGUUCGAAGGGCUGCGCGCCCAUCUCACGUGCAAGAUCUGCGACCGUCUGCUGUACCAGCCAUACACGAUAGCAUGCGGCCACACGUACUGCUACACGUGCCUCUGCACGUGGUUCCUUAACUGCCGCUCGAACAAGGCCAAGUGCUCGUGUCCUGACUGCCGCGUCGAUGUCAAGCACAUGCCGGCCCCCGCCUACGUCAUCCGGGACAUGGCCGCCGUCUUCAUCGCCCGCGCCGAACUCGUGCCGCCUGGCGAGACGCUCGAAGAACACAAGAAAUGGCAGCAAGACGACGCUGAUGCGGUCCAGAGAGACCGCGAGAACGCCGACCCCCGCAACGGCGGCCUGUUCAAGGGCCUGUUCAACGCGCCUGCCCACCCACCCCGCCCGUCCCUCCACAUCGUCCGCGACCAAGAGGACGGCGUCGACCGCUGUCCAAUAUGCACGUGGGAGCUCGAGGACGGCGGCUGCACGCAGUGCGGCUUGGUCUUUGACGAGACAGGCGAAGUCUCCUGGGACAACAGCUUCACAGGCUUCAGUGACAUGGACGAGAUGUCAGAGCAGGACGCCGACGACCUCGAGGCCGCCAUGGGCUACGACGAAGAAGGCGAGUUCGAGGGCUCUGGCGACCCAAUGAACGGCUGGCAAGACUACCUGGGCGAUCCAGGCGCCGACUUCGUCAUGCGCCGUUUCCUCCAACACGGCAACGCUGGACCCCGCCGGCACAUGUCUCACAGCGAAGCCGGCAGCAGGCGCUCGUACUCUCAGAGCAUCGUCUCGGAUAUCUACGGCGACGAGAUGGACACGGUCGAAGAAGAAGACGAAGAAGACGAAGAAGAAGACUCCGAGAUGAAUGACUUCAUCGACGAUGCAGCUCAAGAGCACUCGGCUUCUGCCAGUGGCGCUUCUUCAACGCCUGGCCAGACGCCACAACCUGCAGCAGCCCCAGCAAACCGGCCUCAAGUACGCGCUAGAGCACGACCUGUCGUCGAAGAAUCUGAGACCGGCUCUAUGAUAUCGGGCAUGGUCGAAGAGGAAGAAGAGGACGACGACGACGACGAUACGGAAGAAGACGUUGGCCCCGUGCGUCGUAGGCAAAGACCACAAGCUCCUCGACCACGAGUGCAAACCCACGUGCUCAACAGAGCCAACGGCACUCGGUCCCGGUUUGCUCGCGUGGUAGCGUCGUCCCCGUCAGCCUCUGAAGAAGCCUCAACCGACGAGCUCGACGAAGCUGAACAAGCACUAUUGGAAGAAGAAGGCUGGAUGCGUCAGACGGACGAUGACGACAUGGAUGAAGAAGAAGAUGGGGACAGCGAUGGAGCAGCUACGACCGUUGGGUGGGAACCGCUUGCGAAUUCAAAUGACAGAAGCCGAAUGGGCGGGUCUCUAACACCUACUACAGAUCGUCCUCGGCCUAGUGCCCCCAUACGUCCCCCCUCGCGCGUAGGAAAUCUUCGAGCAGUCGACGCCUCCCGUGGCCUUCGGAGACGAUCUUCUGUGCUAUCAAGCGCGAAUCCACACUACGAAGAUGGCGAAGCAGACGACGACGACUCUGAGCAAGACGGCGAUGUCAGCAUGGCAAUGAACUCUCUUCGCAGUCGCCGAUCUCAACUGUUGAUGCGGAAUGGACCAGCCUUGCAGAACGCUCCCACUGUGUUCCCUCGGGGAGCUGCUGCCACCAACGAAGCAGACACUGAUGACAACUCGGAUAACUCACAAGCCGGCCUGGGGCGUCGCGCGCCGCGCACUCAGCGCCGCGAGUACGAUCCCCGUAUCAGCUGGAUGUUUGCUGCCCACCAAGCCGCACUGCAACAACACUCGAUGGGCGGCGACUUGAUAGAUCUUGGGACCCGCUCUAUCACACCCCUCAACCGGGCGCCGUCUUCCAACCGUAAUCGCCAAAGUCCCGCGCCAGCCUCCUUCUCGCCGUUCAUGCCUCCCGCGCGGAUGCGCACUCCAUUGAUGGACAACAACAACACGUUCGGCCUGCGUGUCUUGCCGUCUCCCAAUAGACGGACCGCAAUGUCUCCAGCGUUGCCCACGAGCAAUGUUAUGGAGAACGCGUUCCGUCACGAUCGUACACUUUCUGUGAGCUCAGCGAGCACCGACUCUGUCAUCAUGACACCCAGCACCUCGACAUCCAAUUCGCAAUACUCCGUUGAUCAGACAGCUCGUACGCACACUGCUGCAGCCAUGGACAUGAUCGAUCGCCCUCAGAGCCGCGUCGGUCCUCGUCCCCCGUCUGCAGCUAGCAAUCGUAGGAGCUCCGGUAACUUUUCGCCAUUGUACCAGAACCUUCCGUCUCCUAAUAUGAACGUGCAUGCUCCUGCCUCUGCGGUACCUGCUCGCCCUGCCAAUCCAUGGGCUGCUUAUGUCCACACCAUCAGAGCCCGCAACUCCCGUUUGGGUCUCCGAGAACAAUCAUCAACGGCAACAUUGAGACCAACGAGCUCACGUGCGAACAUUCAUGAAGCUGCGACCGCUGCUCCGGUCAUGCCCCCCAUGAGAUCGCAGGCAUCACGAAUUGGGCUGCGGUCGCAGCCGUCAGUGCGCCGACUCAACUCACAGCCAUCCGUCAGGGGCUUGCGGACGACUCCUUCGCCGGGACCCAGCCCUUCAAUGGCGCGGAUUCCGCCAGGAUUGACACCAGACGACGUGAGUGCUCGUGCUCGAGAGCUUCGCAACACCAGAGAACAGGCUCUUGGUCUCUCCAAUACUGUCCCAGCGCGCACCAAUCCAUUUGCUCGCCGUCAAAGCAAUGCUGGCAACAACCCUGCUGUCACGCCAGGACCAGGUGUUCCCCAGCACGUGCGGAGUAACUCGAACGAAUCCGCAGGCUCAGUAAACUCAGCUGGUACUGCUCACAGUGGCUCUGGCCCGUCACUAGGUCGGCGCAGAAGUAACCGCAACAUGAUGAAUGCGCCACCGUCGGGCGUCUUACCUCCAUCACAAGCCUUCACAUCCCCAGUUACGGCGUACACUACCGGCUCGUACCGCGCGCGACAGGGCAACAACAUCGGCCCACUGGCAGCCUUCGAGCAACCAGUGCAAAACAACAACAGGACAGUCAGUCCUGUAGUGACUGGUCAACUCAUAUGAUUAGUGCCAUCGUACAAUGGAGCUUGAGAAUUCGCUCAUUUCUUUCUUUAGUAUCUUGAUAGGGUCUGGUGCAUGGAUAGGUGCUUUGGGAUGAGACAUCACUUUAUGAGGAUACGAUUACGACUCUGUCUUUCAGCGGCAUUAAAACGGUUUUCUUGGUUCCUUGUGCAUUGUUCGGCGUCAAUACCCUGCACUAUACCACACUCUUGAGCGGGUUCAUGUAAGAAAGAUACACGGCUAUCGUGCAAUACAAUCCUUUUGCGUCA